UAAAAGAAAGAGGGAAAUGGAAAACCCUAAUUUCUAGCUGCUCAGCACCAUCACCUCCCCUCCGUUCUCUCUCCACAUUUACUCUGAAACGCAGCACACAAAUUAAGAAGAAGACGAAGGAGACGAAGAAGAAGAAAUGAAAAGAAGGGAAAAAUUAUCAGGAAAAAGGGAAAAAAAUCCGUUGUUCGAGACGUAGGGUUUCCUUAAUCGACGCGAUCCGAUUGCUGCUUCCUUGUUCGUCGAUCUUGAUCCCUCUAAGUGGCGACGAUGCGAUCUAUUAUCUCCUUCUUCUAUUCGUCUCUCGUUCUCUUCACUUCCUGGCGUUUAAUCCGAAAGUUUCGUCCAGAGUAGGCCGCGAUUGCGUUUCUUCGCCGCCGAUCGUCUCGUUUCGCGCUUUUUCUUUCCCUUUUUUCCUUCGUUGCUGUCUUCGGUGUCCGUAGUUAUUCCCCUUGUCUUUAAAUUUCCCCGUCUCUUCAAUCAUUUCUGGUUUGGGUUAAUCUGAAUCGGUGGGAGAUGGCGCUAGCGAGCCGGGAAUUGCAGCAGCAGAGGUUCCCGGCGAACCCUCCAUGCGUUAGGCCUCACAAGUCGAAGCGGGUCACAUGGGCGCCGGAAGGCAGCCUGUGUCAGAUAAGAUUAUUUCUUUCAGAAGAUGCUCCACAACAAUCUGGUUUGUUAGCUUCUCAGGAACUUCUCCAAGCAAAGACAUCAUCAUCAUGGCACUUGGCUGUGUCAGCAUUGGAUGACACUGCUCCACCUGGGUUUGAAGGCCCACGCUCUGCAUGGCAAUUAAAGAAAGAUCUUUCUAAGAUCCAUGUUAUCAAAUGGCAAUGCCCACCUAAAUUUGUCAUUAGUCCUGCCUGGCACGUAGUUGCUGGAGAAGAAAGCAAGGAGAUUGAGGUUCAAAAUCAGAGACAAUUAAGGGUGCUUGAAGCUGUUUAUCCUCGUCCAUCAUCGAUUCCUCCAAGCCCCUCCGUUGCACCAGAGGCGCAGGAGGAUUUCAAUGAUCGGUUGACUCCUUUGAUUCCAUUGACCCCAGUGGAGGAGGAUGAAACGACAGAAGUCGAUUCUGCUACUCCAACAAGUUUCCUUGAUCCAAGCUUGAGUGUUGGUUUGCCAACUGUAGCACAGGCACCAUCUUCAUCACUGGCUGAUUUGAGAUCUGUAGGAGAGCGAUCCUUACCAUGCAAACCCAGUUCUGCGAACAUGAAUGCGCCUGCCACUUCAACAGUGACAAGUGCAGGUGCCCCUGCCGUCGAACCUGAUGUUGCGGUCGCAGCAUCUGCGGCAUCUGCAGCUUUUACUGCUAUAAUGAAAAGCAAUGAAGAAGGAAGCUUGAUUGAUCAGGAUCUGCUGAUCAAAAUCCUUAGCAAUCCAGCAUUACUUGAGAAAUUGGUUACUCAGUAUGGUGUCACUAGUCCCAUGAUCGCUGGUUUGGCUCCUGCAGCCAAGUCAAUGACGCCUUCAGUGAGCAAGCCUCAAUUGACAUCGACAGCGCAGCUGGCACCACCUUCUCUAGUCAACAGACCUGAUGUUACCAGACCUUUGGCCAGUCAACCAACAGAGCACCAUUAUCCUAAAUUGAACCCGAUGCCAACCAUGCCAAACCUUCGGCAACCAAGUCCCGUAGUGCCAGUGAAUCAGGUGAGAUUGAAUCCCUCGGUGCCUCCGGUGAAGGAUGUCAACUACUACAAGAGUUUGAUUCAGCAGCAUGGGAAUGACAAACCUAGUGCUCUGGAACCAGAUCCAGCGGCCUAUGUGAAACACCAUAACCAGCCUCUUGUUCCAGGGAACCCUGAUGUGAUGCAGAAACCAAGGGAUGGGAGGAUGAAAAUUGGAAAACCUUGUGUCUACCACAACAGUCCUAAAGGCUGCUGGCACGGUUCAAAUUGUGUUUAUCUCCAUGACGACGCUCCUCGCAGGCAAAUCCGAGAGAUGCCGGAGGCGCCAAAUGCAAAAAGAGUGAAAAUGGAUAGAGAAAUUACCGGAAGAAGCUAAACUUGGUUUUGGAUGUACUGUUUUCAAGGUGGUGUUGUAUCUCCAGCUGGUAACGGCUGCCUUUAUUUCUCCUGUGAAUACCACACUGCUGUUCGGUUUUCCUUUCUCAAA